GAGGGGCUGGUGGUCCCAGUAGCAGCCAUGGGGGUCUUGCCACCUCCCCAGGUGCUGAGGCCCUGGUUCCGCCAUGCAAUUCCUUUCAUUAUCUUCGUGCUGCUGCUGCUUUAUCUCUGUGCUCGGAGCCUUGGCGCCCUCUCCGGCUGCCAAUAUGGGUCACAGUCCUGCACUCCCGAGGGACCGCCGCUUUUCCAGGUCCGGAAACAGUCGGGACCCCUGAAGGCUCUGGAGCUGGAAAAGCCUCAGUGUCUGGGCCCCCAGGGUUUGCUGGGCCGCAUGAUGAGGUCGUUCAGUGACAGUAUGAACCCCGAAGGGGAUGUGGAGUUGUCGCAGUACCUGGCAGGAUGGAGGGAGCUAGUCAAGUUCCUAACUCCCUUCGGCUCCAUCUUCGCCUUCGCGACAAGCGAGGCCUUCACCAAAGUGACAGCCCUCGAGGCUCGUGUGCGCGGCCCGGAUGCGGCGCACUACAGGUCGCUGGCGGCCAUGGUGGCGUGGGAGCGGCGGGCGGGACUGCUGGAGCGGCCCGGGAUCGCCCCUGCAGACUCGGCCAGGUCGUCGGGCUCACGAACAAUGCUCUUGCUGCACCGUGCGCUACGCUGGUCCCAGCUCUGCCUCCACAGGGUGGCCACCGGAAUGCUCGGAGGCCCGGACGCCGGCGUGCAGUGCAGCGACGCUUAUAGCACCGUCCUGGCCCCGUACCACCCCUGGCUCAUCCGUCAGGCUGCCCGCCUCGCCUUCCUCGCCUUCCCCGGUCGCGGCCGAUUGCUCGAGCUGGCAUGUCCGGGAGCCAGGGAGGCAGAGGCGCGAGCCGCGCUGGCCCGGGCCGCGGACACGCUAGAGGAUGUCUACAACCGUACCCAGAGCGUGUUGGCCGAGCGUGGCCUGCUCCAACUAGCUUGAGGCCAGCGGCCGCCGCGACCCGCGAGGACUGAAGCGCUCUGAGGCGGGAUCAGUUCAGCCCAGGGGCGCCCCCUAGGAAGGGCCAGCCGCGGCUGGGGGCGGGGCAGCUCGCUACCCCGCCUCUUCGUACGUCAUUGUCCUUGCAUUCCCGCCCCCAGCGGGUGGGUUUUUGAGCCCCUCCCACUAUCCGAAGACGGGGGAAGAAGGGAGGAGCCGUGGGGAAAUAAAAAGUAUUCUGUAAAAAAAAAAAAAAAA